AUGACUGUACCAGACCCAACAUCAUCUUCACUCACAGCUUCGACUAGUACACCAUCCACAUCAAACACAGCUACUGUUAAACCGGCGCCAGUUUCCUCUGAAAAUGCUGCUACUGCUGCUGCUGUCGCAGCUAUUGUUCAGGUAAUGAACCCUCUUCCUGCUGCUGCCGCUCCUACAACAACAACGCCAACUAGCAAGCAGGAGCCAGAGGAGGAACCGUUGUAUGUGAAUGCAAAGCAGUAUCAUCGAAUUCUUAAACGCAGAAUAGCACGACUUAAAUUGGAAGAACAAUACAAAACCUCACGAGCCAGAAAACCAUACCUUCACGAAAGUCGCCAUAAGCAUGCCAUGAGAAGACCUCGAGGACCAGGCGGUCGGUUUUUAACUGCUGCAGAAGUUGCCGAAUUAGAGCAACAACAGCAACAACAGCAACAACAGCAAUAA